AUGCCUCGCGCAAGCAUCGUCGUCGUCGGCGCGGGCGUCACGGGCCUGACGGCCGCAACGCUCCUGCAACAAGAAUAUCCCAACGUCGCGAUCACCAUCGUCGCGGCAGAAACACCAAUGCCCAGCACAUCUCUGAAUGACACCCCUAGCGCGGACUACGCUUCCAUGUGGGCAGGGGCGCAUUAUCGACCUAUUCACCCGCUCACGACACCACAGCUGCAAUUCGAGCACAAACUGGGGAUGCACGCCGCGGGGAUCAUGCGGCGGAUCGCGCGCGAGAAUCCCGAGGCCGGCGUCGCGGAGAUGCCUGCGAUGGAGUACUUCCAGAAACCUGCGCCUGAACUCCUCCGUAUGACGACAGGGGACGUGUAUGCAUGGCCGGGCGAUGGGUUUCGGGUUCUCGAGAAGCAUGAAUUACCGCGGGACGCGGCAUGGGGUUGUGAAUAUCAGAGCUACUGCAUCAAUGUGCCGGUGUAUUGUCGGUGGCUGAUGGAUCGCUUCCUCGCGAAGGGUGGGAGAGUCAUCCGACGUCGCUUGUCGUCUGUGGGUGAAGCAUUUGUCGUCGCGGGAGAGGAUCAACUCGUGGUGAACUGCUCGGGCCGCAACAUCGGCACGGACCCCAAAGUCAAGAUUAUACGGGGCCAGACCGUGCUGGUCAAGCAGCAAUAUCACCGCACUAUUACUUGGCAGAGGGCAGAUGGGACGUGGGCGUUUUUGAUCCCGAGACCGAAUGGUGGAGGGACCAUUGUUGGCGGGACGAAGGAACUCGAUGAUUGGGAGUCAGCACCACGUGAUGAGACAAGAGAGAGGUUGUUGAGAAGAUGUGUUGAGUCGUUUCCCGAUUUCGUCAAGACCGUGGAGGAAUUUGUGGUAUUGAAGGAUAACGUUGGCCGCAGGCCGUGGCGGGAGGGAGGGUAUCGGUUUGAGAUUGAGCAAAUCGCUCCUGGAAAAACCAUUGUCCAUGGAUAUGGCGCAGGAGGUCGUGGUUAUGAGUUGAGUUGGGGCGCCGCUGGCAAGAUCCUUGAGCUGGCCAAGGAGGUUCUUGGUGGGAAGGCGAAGUUGUGA